CAGAACUACAAGAGUGCGUUUAGAAACCUCGCACGGCACGUCUGACCCACUGAACUCGUACUGUUACAGUUCAGUGGUUUCUAAACGCACCCCAACUACAACGAACCAAAAAUUCCUGCACAAAUGUCAAAAGUCAUAAAGUGAGGUUAAGUUGAUUUUUCCUUGUGUUUGAAUUUUGAAUUUUUCUUCAAAGACUAUGUCUUUAAAAACGUAUAUAAGGGUCGUUCCGCUGGUAAGAAAUUUUCUAAAUUGCCAACAUACAUUUUUGACUCGCACACCGUUGUGCCAAAUCAAAAAUACAUGCCGAACGUCAUUUAGUUUAUUUAAUAAAUUUGAUCUUAGACUCUAUUCUACCGAUACUAAAAGCAAAGUUAAAGUUAAGCAUAUAUAUUAUGGGCCUCUUACUCCGCAAAUAAAAGCAAUAAAGAUAUUUUCAUUAUCUUCAAGUUUAGUUGGUGUUAUAGCUCAACCUUUUCUCUAUACUGAAAUAGCCCGUACUGGUAAUGUAGCUAUAAUAGCAGCGGCUUACACUUUCAUAGGGUUUUUCACAGUUGUUACUCCAAUACUGCUACAUUUUAUCACCAAAAAAUAUGUUACACACAUGGAAUACAUAGAGGAUACAGGCUCUUAUAUAGCUAGGACUGUAAAUUUCUUCUGUCUAACGAAAACGAUUGAAUUUACUCCAGAUGAUGUAACAGUACCUGACAUACCUGGAAUGUUCACUAGUAUUCACGUUAAAGGAAUCCCUUUAUUUCUGGACCCAAGGGUAUUUGAAUACCCUGAACAUUAUGCCAGGAUUAUGGGCUUCGAUAAACCUCUGGAUUUUAAAUUGUAUCAAACGCCACCAGUGGGAGAUCAGGACAAAAAGAACUAAUAGGAAAAUUAAUUAUAUUAUUUAUUAGAUUUUAAUUAUGAAAUAGUUGAUAUUUUUGUUGUAAAAAAUAUUAUUAAAACGUUCAAUUGGAGA